AUGCCUCAUCCUGAACACCCCCGACGCAGCCAGACCUCCUCCUCAGGCGAUCAAACUCGGCGAAGGACGCAACGAAACAAAGCCUUCCACUCUUCACACAUUCCACUUCAAUCCCACUCAUCCCUCGACCUCGAUACCACUCGUGUCAACGGACCGCUAUCUUUCCUAAACCCAACAAGCGCAAACUUCAACCCUAACUCCAAGUUCGGGAAACACGUCGAGCCCCAUUCCACGCACAUCCGAGAAGAUGAAGAGUCUGAAGCACACGAGAAGUCUUCAGAGGAUACCCAGCCAGCCUCCAGCGUUGCCUACAAGUGGACUUCGCGCAACAACCGCAAAGGGCGACAUACUCUCCUUGUCAACCCUGCAUACGCCAAAUCUAGCGCGAAAUACACCACACCAGCUCCUACCGCCUCCCUUCGUGGCAUUGCUCAAGGCAUACUUCGCAUGGUCACCACAUACCCCAUCUGGGACAUAUCUUACGACGUGGCGGUCCUCUUCACACUCGGUAGUGUGGUAUGGGUUAUAAACGCGUUCUUCGUCUUCCUCCCACUCAUAAAACCCUCCACGGAAUUCAAAAACGAGGAAUUGACCGGCGGCGGCAUCACCGCCUUCAUCGGCGCUACAAUCUUCGAAAUCGGCUCAAUACUACUCCUAUUCGAAAGCAUCAAUGAAUCCCGCACUGGCUGCUUCGGCUGGGCCGUUUCUCAAGCUCUGGAGGACCAUACCUUACAGUUCCACCCCUCGGGCCAAACAUGUGUGCAUCACCACAGGAACAAACGGAGUUUAGGGGGCACUGCCUCCAGCUCCCACGACAGUAUUGCCGAGUCCGACAAGACAUGGACAUGGUGGCCUUCCACCCAUGAUCUCCUGACACACCACCUCCACAGCCUCGGCUUUUUGGCUUCCUUCACCCAAUUCCUCGCCGCAUCCGUCUUCUGGAUCUCUGGCUUUACCGCGCUCCCUGGUGUCCUAAACCACCUCUCCACCGGCCUCGAAGCUGGCAUCUACUGGACACCGCAAGUGCUUGGCGGCACCGGCUUCGUACUCUCGGGCUUGCUCUUCAUGAUCGAGACCCAGUCGAAAUGGUACAAGCCCGCUCUCGGUACGCUGGGGUGGCACAUUGGAUUCUGGAAUACCAUCGGUGGACUCGGGUUCACGCUUUGUCCCGCUUUUGGAUAUGAUACGCACAGUUGGGCGCAGUACCAGGCGAGCUGUAGCACGUUUUGGGGUAGCUGGGCCUUCUUGAUAGGUAGUGCGAUUCAGUGGUAUGAGAGCUUGGGCAAGUGGCCGGUGGAGGUGGAUAAAAAUAUCGGAGUGGGGGUUGAAACAAAAGACGAUUCAGGAUCGUGA